AUGUAUGUGAAGCACUCAGAAACUCAAAUAUGUGGUAAGUACUACGAUAAUACUACACAGGAUUGCCUAUGCUUGGUUAAAAAGAAAAUAUUUUCUCAAUUCUUGACAUUCGUCCACAGUUCCAGAAAAAUUCAGUUCCAGAUAUAAUUUAUAUUAUUAUUUAUUGCAUUUACAUCCCUCCUCCUCCUCCUCCUCCUCCUCCUCCUCCUUCUUCUUCUUCUUCUUCUUCUUCUUCGAGCUAAUGAUGGUAUACAUGGUUCUCCUGCCCCUCAUUGAAUUGCCACAACAACCGUGUGAGUUAGUCUAGGGUGAGAGGCAUUGACUGCCUCAAGGUCACCCAGUGUGCUUCAUGGUUGCAUGGAGAUUUGAACUUAGUGUCCCAGGUCCUAGUCAGACAUUUUAACCACAAUGCCUCAUCGAUGAUCAUUCAGUUGAGAGGUUUACAUACUGGAGAAUUCUUCUUCCAAAGCUGGUAUUUGCUUGGAGGGGAAUUUCUCACUGGUACCAAAAGCAUCCUAUGCAUAUUUCCAGUGAGCAUAUGGUGCCACCAGCAGCCCUGUAUCUAAUAGGGAAGUUCACAUUUCCCAGGGAAAUCAGUAUCCAAAACAUUAAUACAUGUGCCCUUUCUGCCCCUCUUACUUGACAGCCAUGUCUGACAUCCUUAUUAAGAAGGAUGUGAAUUGCUUCCACCAAAAAGUUAAUUUCAUUUUUGAUGCAGGCAAUCCAUUUUGAGUACUGAAUUCAUGGGCACCUGAUUCACCUAUGAUCACCUUAAAAAAAUAAUAAAGAUUGUGUGUUUGUGUAUGUGUUUGAAAGCAUGAGUUGGUCACCUCUGUGAUUAUCCCUGACAUAUGAUGUGGGGUUCCAGACUAUAUAUCUCAUCAGCCCCAGCUAGCUUGGCCAGUGGUCAGGGAUGAUGGAAGGGGUGGUCCAGUAACAUCUGGCGAGAACCUUGUUGGCUACCCCUGUCAUAAGUGAUGCUAUUUGGCAAGCCCCUCUACCCGCACUCAGCAACCACAAGACAAUUUUGAAUCAGCACAUCCCCAUAGGUCCAUUGCGGGUGUGCACAGAAAGCUGUUUGAAAUUUCUGAUUCAGGAAGUUCUGAAUAUGUAACCCCCCCCCCCCCAACAAAACUCCACACUUGAAGCCACCAUGUUCAGGAUUCUGAAAAUUGCAUUCAUAAUCUUUGACUGCAAGCACAAAGUAAACCCCUGAAUUGCUCCAUUAUCUCCAUUUUGAAAAACAAGUUUCAAGGUCAAACUGGUUUCCUGAAGUCCAUUUCAUCCUCAAGUUACACUACAAUGCAACAAUCGGGCAAAGACAGAAUUAAUAACAUGUGAACAUUAAAACCUGGUGAUUUCUGCCCCUCCAAAAGUAUUUAACAAUCAUAAAAAUAUGUUGAGGUGUGAACCUCAGUUGAAUUAAAGCUAACAUUUCAGAAAAAGACAUUUCAAUUAUGGUUGGCUCUGGUUAAGGGGUUUAAAUGAGGGAUGCCUUGUCUUUUCCUUUUUCCACCUUAUUAAUUUUUAUUUUUAUUUGACAGUUAACCUAAUGCUAAGAUAAUACUGUGUAACUUUAAUGCUGAAAAUUGAUAUACAGCUAUAGGCCAAGCUUUGUGAUGGAUGGGCUCUACCUUUGCACAAGAAGCCAUACAAUUUGAUUACCAUUGUUCAUAUUGAACCCAGGUGAUGAAUAUUCUAAAGAUUAAUAUUUGACUUAAUAAAUGCUUCUUUUGUUCCAAUAAGUACAGUGUUGCUUUCUAAGUCAAAGAUAGCCAACCGAGCUAAAAAAAAGAAGAAAAAGGGAAAAAAGAAACUUUAAGACAUCCCAUUUGGCCUAAUCCCAUCUGUGGCAUUUGCCUCCUAGGAUGGGUCAAGGAAAGGGUUAAAAUGGGUGUGAUGUGAUUGGCCAGUGAGAAUGCAAGGGGGGAGUAAAAGAUAGAGUGGGAGGUUUUGAAAGUCAGUUGAGGUUUGGGAGUUGGGAGUUGAGGUUUGGGAGCUGGGAGUUGAGGUUUGUCACUUGGGAGUUGAGGCUUGGGUGUUGGAGAAGGAAGAGGGUGGAAUAGGCAGUGGGUUGGUCGAGUUGUAUUGUGAGAGAGUGAGAGGAAUUGUUAGGUUGAGUCAGAUAGACAGUUGGGAAUAGUUCAGUUUGAAGUUGUUAGGAACAAAGAUUAGGAGACUGACAAGAGAAAAAUAAACCGAAACCAUACGCUUGUUCCUGCAUUUGAAUAUAAACUUGAUUAUUUGUUUAUGUUAACAACUGUCUGGACUCCGUGUGUCCCCGUGAGAAGCGGGGUGGUGGCAGCAAAGAAACCAGUCGCAGUGGUGGCACAGGGUCAAUAGACCGUGAAACGUCCGGGGGCCCUGUGUGCUUGCCACACCAUCCUUCUCCCUUCUCCAGUAUUUUGCCCCAUUUUAACCAACCUAUACAUUCCUCUUUUUUCACAUCUUUCCUACCACCACCACCACCACCCCAAACUUUGCUACCAAUAAUAUACAUUGUGGAUUGUCUCUUAUGUGGACAAUCACUUCUGUGAUCCAAGGACCCUUGGCUAUUUCAACACAGAAAAUGUAGACUCUCCCUGCCUUCCCAGAGAACACCAGUUUCUCAACAGCAAUAUACUGAACACACGGUUCAUUGCAUCAGGUUAUUUAGUCUUUAUUAUCUACACAAAUAUUCUUAAUCAUUUCCCCUCAUACCCAGACUGCUUAUUUCUUAUUUAUAGCUAUAAAUAAAAAAGCUGGUAAGAUCAUAUUUUACCGACAGUUGUUCCAACGGCACCAGACCCUUUCCAACAUUACGAAUCAGCAUUCCUCUAUUUCUAUGCAUGCUUUAUUAUAAAAGGGGUUUACCAUAAAUACUGGAGUUUGAAUUCCACCCAAGUAAUGCAUUAAUAGAUACUAAACCAUUAAUAAUUCUUGUACUUUUUUUUCAUAAAUGGGCAAAGUCCAAUAAAUAAACGAUAGCUCUUACAUGUCAGAGCAGGGUUAACAAGUACCAAGGAGAUUUCAAAGACAAACUACUUCCAGGGCCUGCCAGAAUGAGAGAUUCAUAAUGAUGCCACAAAUUCCAGGGGCCCAUUUUUUACUGCCCACUGUGGCAAGUAUCUGAAAUUAAAUGCUAAGCAGAAAUUUGUCCCCGAGUUCUGACAUGCAGUAGUUAAGGGUAAACAAUCUCCAAAAUUAAAAACAGAUUCUUGAUAAUAAAUCCCAGCGUGUAUAUCUUCAUAACAGACAACUCUCCCUGUAAAUCAAGAGCCUAAUCCAUCGCCACAGAAGCCCUUUUUUCAUAUUAGACCUGAUGAUUCACCUGAAAUAUUUCAUCUGUCUCCACGCCUUAAUGAAUGUUCACAAUUAAUUCCAAUAGGGGGGAAAUAUUUUACAAAAUAUUCCAAAGGAGAUGACAGUAUCUGGCAUAGCUGUCAUAUAAGAAGCUUCAAUCUAAGGGGACAGAAUACUGAUUUUUUUAAAAAAAUUUAAAAAACCACAGGGUUUUUGCCUAGGGUACUCCAGUAUGAGGUGGCCAAGUGCUCACUGGAAUGCACUCUCUCAAUUCAGACUGCAGGUGGCAAUCAGUUGUGAAAGCUUCUGUAUUUCAAAAUGCUCCCUGAAAACAGAAAAUGAAGAAGAGCUGACAGUGGGCUGGGACAGAAUCUUUCUCCUUGGUGUGCUCAUGUUCUGUUUGUGGGGAGCUUUUUAUAUGGAGGAAUGUUCAAAACUGGAACCUCGUACCUGUGGUCUGAAGUGGUGCAAUUUAUUCUAUCACUCAUUCUUAUCUCCGUUACCUGCAUGAGGAGGUCAGGUCUCACCAAAAGUAUGGACAAUUUCUGGAGUAAACCCCUGAAGUCAUACAUACCACCACAGGGCAGCCACAGACGUUUGUUCAUCAGCCUGCCCCAUUCUGUUAAACAGGGUGAAGAGUCUUUUUUCUUUUCUUUCUGGCCUCAAAAUGUAUUGGACCAGGUGCCCAGUGUCUGCCAAGAGUAAAAGGGAAGCUCAAGGACUAUAAUAGAAUGAGGAUAUUGGUAGAAGGAGUGGCAUGUUCAUUGGACUGUUAAGUGUAGUGCAAGUGUUGACGUUUUAUGUUUCAGUCUAUACAAUAUAUAUAUAUAUAUUAUUAUUUUGCAGUCGAUGGAGAACAAAUGAAGCCCGGAUUCUGCGUGUGUCCGUCAGCUCCUUCCUGGAGCAUCUCUGCUUGGUGGUGGAAACUAUGGACCUGUUUUUUUUUGGGGGGGGGUAUUAUUAUUAAAGAUUUUCUUGUUUUACAGAGGUUUGUGUAACGUCUCUCGUAUUUUUUCCGUGUAACAUUUUUACAAAUCAGUUUCAUUUGUUGAGACAUUGGGGGGGGGGUGAGAUGGGGGGGUCGGGUGGCGAUGUUUCUAUUUUGCUUAAUGUAUGUAGGGUUUGGUGUCAGCUCGUGCAGGUUCUCUGCUGUUCACUUGUGUUCCUUUGGUGGUGAGAGAGGUUGGGGUUGGCCUAGGGUGUGGUUGUUUGUUUGUGAUUGGCUGUGGUGAUCUUUGUUUUCAUGUGUGAGUGGGGUGGGUGGGUAUUUUGGAUCAGGUUAGCCAUACUGAUUUGUAUGCUGUUGGUGGAUUUUUGUCAUUGUCUUGUUGGGCUGUGUAUGUGAUAAAGGGGAGCCAUACCGAGGUAAAGGCGUAUUCUUCUGUUUGUCCCCGUGUCAGUUUAUUGGUUAAUUUUUCUAAUAGGGCUGUUUCCCAUACUAUUUGGUACCAUUGGUCCAUGCUUACUCCUGACAGGUCUCUCCAGUGUCUGGUUAUGGUGUUUCUGGCUGCUGAAAGUAGGUGGGUUAUGAGUGCUUUGUGGUGUAAAUGGGUGAAGAGUCUUAUUUUAACUUGAAAAUUGUGCACAAGCAGGAAAGUGCCGGGUGCUGUGUUGGCUUUCCAACCAUACCUCCAUGCCCUCUGUCACUUUUCUCCCAGCUUGGCUCACUUCCAGCACAGCAAAACAAGUGCUUAGUUGGAACACAGUGAGAUAAAGCAUAACAUUCAUUCAUUCAUUCAUUCAAUUAAUUAAUUUGUAUACCACCCUUCAUCUAAAGAUCUCAGGGCAGUUAAUAGCAUAAAAAGACAAAAUACAUAAUCAAAACAUAUAUAAGGGCAUAAGAACAGCCUGCUGUAUCAAGCCAAUGGGCCAUCCACUCAAUUAGCCUGUUUUCACAUUGGCCAGCCUGAUACCUGUAGGAAACCAUGAAGCAGGAAGACCCAAGCACAAGAGAAGUCUCUCCUCCUGCAGUUCCCAGCAACUGGUAUUCUGAAGAAUACUGCCUCUAACAAUGGAGGCAGAAGCCAUGGUCAAGAGCAACUGAAUAAGACUUGCUGUUGGCAGGGUCACCUCUACAUUCAUGGUCAACAAUAGAACAUGAGAGGUAUCUGGGGGUUGAUAUGACUGCCAAAAAUGUGAAUCUGCUUAAGGAUAACUGUGAAGGGUGUUGGAUUGAAGAGAAGGGGGAUUUGGAAAUAUGGGCAAAUCAGAAGUUGUCACUGUUGGGCCGAGUUAUUGUGGUGGGGAUGAGGGCUGCUAUGUUGUUGGGGAUGUUGCUUUUGUUUCAAAGACUGCAAGCUUUGGAUGGGAUGGAGGGUUUCAGGAGGUGGCAGAGGGAUGCUCCUAGAGUUGUUUGGCAGGGCAGGAAGCCUCGAGUAAAACUUAAGAUAUUGAUGGAUGCUAAAGAAGGAGGAGGACCUGCCCUGCUAGACCUUUAAAUUUUGCUGUGAACCACCUGCUUUUUGCUGGCUGAGAGAAUGGUUGCUUUUUGAAAACAUUGAAGCGGGGGACUUCCGGGGUGGCGCCUCCGGAAAAUGGCGGAAUCCCCUUCGGACUGAAGGGAACCCGCUGCACGGAGGCUUGGGUCCUGCCGCUACGGCGCAGCGGGGACCCUCAAAAACCACAGGCGGAAGAAGCCUGUGGACGUGGGACUCGGCGGGCACCGAGAGCGCUCUCUCCCUUGUACAGGAGCCCGGUAACGGGCUCCGGAGUGGAGGUGCGUGGUGCUGUGAGUCGACUGCUUCCUCCGUGCAGCAAAGCCGCACUGCCGUUAUCGGAGAGCGCUGCCUUUUUCCUGGACAAUUUGGCAUCUAAAAUAUCUAUCCGUGAGUACCUGAUCUUGGAAGAGUUGAACCACUUUUAAGACUGGUGAAUAAACAAAUAAUAUUGGACUUGAAAUUGAACUUAAUUGGGACUCGGAAUGGGAAGGUCUAAACAGGAAGUCGCCUUCCGUUCUUUUGUUAUGUGAAGAAAGCAAAGACAAAAUAUACUAAAGCUUGAAAAUUAAAUUCUAAGAGAACUAGAAUUCAACAUCUAAGAUUUCUGAACCCCCUUUGACUGCAGGAGAAGAAGGGGUUGUAUUUGGACUUUUCAAUCCUGCGGAAGUGAGUUUAAAAUAAAGCAAUUUUCCACCGCCCUGAACCAGGAGCGGGCUGUCAGAAUUGACGUUCUGAAGUUUAUCCAGCUCGACAGUUAGUUAAAAGAAGGGUAACAUUUUGAUUCUACUGUUGCCUCUUGAAUUUGGAAGGGGGAAUUUUGGAUAAAGUGUUUCUGGAAAAAGAAAGAUUGUUGCUGUUGCUUUUAUUCCUUUAAAAAAAAAAAAAAAUUUCCAUCUAGUGGAAUUUAGUGAAAUUGCAACGCAGAGAGAUUAAAAGAGAAGGACUAUUGGACUAUUGUCGUGGGAAAGAAUUUUCUUUGACCUUGAAGGACAAUGCUAGUACAAAGGCUUGAACAAUUGUUCCUGGAAGGUUUUUCAAAACUAAGUGCCCAGCUGGACCAGAUGCGUCAGGAGACGACCUUGAUGAUGGAAGUUACCAGAGCACAGCAGCAAAUAAAUGAAAUUCAGUUAAAGGCUAUACAAGCAUAUGAACCUGCUGUAGUGACGGAGGCUUCAGAGAUGGAGGGACCUUUGGACGGGCAAGAUCAGCCUUUGAACUUGAUAAAUGAACUUGGGACAAACCAGAUUCGGAAAGAUGAAAUGUGGUCAGAUUUGGAAAUGGGGGGAUGGAUCGACCCCCUCCAUAUGGUUAUUUGGACCUUCCGAGUCUGGUGAUGGGCUAUCAGAGGAUUGGAGUAGCCGAAGUCUCCAAGCUUUGUGGAAAUUUGAAGUGGUAUUAUUUGCUGUCUGGCUUGGGCAAUGGGUUUGAGAUGGACUUGCUGCAAAGGGUCAAAAGCAUUUUCUUGCUGGAGCAUCCACGACUGGAAAGGAAUCAUCAACAAGAGUGGCGAAAGGGGCAAGAAAGAGACUUGAGGGCCUCGGAUACGAGACAACCAGGUUAAGGAGCCGGAUUAUCGAGGUUAAAAGGACUGACAAUCCCGGGUCCAGGGAGGGGAGGUUGGAAGCUGACUGGACUGAAUUUGACUUAUUAUUUUUUCUUUUUAUUUUUAAUAUUGGGAAUGCCUACAAAUGUUUGAAGGAUGUUGAAUGAAAUUACAUGGCUUAAGUAAGGAUUGGUAAAUGAUUCGUAAAAAGGUAAUGAUGCAAGAAUUUGGUAAAUAUUGAAUAUAAGCUAUGAGUUUUAAAGUUUUUAUAUGACAAGAGGGAAAAUAGAAUAAGGAAACGUAAUGACAGAUUGUUAUGAAAAAACAGAAAGGAUUUGCUGUAAAAAUUAAAAAUUAAGAAACAAAAGAGGGGAGGAGGAGGAAGUCUAGAAAGGAAGUCAAUAGAGAUUGUAAAGGACUUUAUAUUUUUGUUUUUCUGUUUCUCUUUUUUUUUUCUUUGCGGCUGGGUUUUCUUUUUGUUUGUUUGUUUGUUUGUUUUUUUUUGUUUACGUACUAUUUUUGUUUUUUGUAUCCUCAAAUUUUUUGGGGGGAAUUUUUGUUGUUAUUCUUUGAAAAUUUAAUAAAUAUCAAUUAUAAAAAAAAAAAAAUGAAAACAUUGAAGCGUUGGACAAUGGCAAAUGAAAUUGAUGGACUAUGUGGAAUUGGUGGAAAUGGCUGGCGAGAUCCGAGACCAGGGUGAAGAGACGGUGGAAGAAGAUUGGAAAAAGAUUAAAGACCAUUUAUAGAGAUAUUGUAAAAUUAAGGAAUGUUAGAAAAAUGUUGGAAUGAAAUUAUAUGGCUUUAGUAGAAAUGUCAUAAGGAAUCAGGUAUAAAUAGAUUAAUAGAAAAUUAAAGGAAAAGUAUGGCAAGAAUGUGUUAAGAUAAUUAUAGAACAGAAAACACAGUAAGAUGGAAAGGAAUUGCUGAAAACAAAUAAUAGAAGUGGAAUACAAAAAGGGAGGUGGGAGGAGGUCGCUGGAAAUAAGGGAAUGAAAUAUAAGAUAUUGAAAAUGUUUGAGUUGAUUUUAAACUGUUUUUGCUUGUUUUUAUUUUUUUUUUAGUUCAUGUAGCGUUUGUGUAUUGUAUUUGCAUUGUUUCUUCUUCUUUUUUCUUUUUUCUUUUUUUUUGUUUGUGUUAGAAAUGCUAAAAAGGUAAUAAAUAUCAUUAAAAAAAAAUAGAACAUGAUGGGCCACCUCCAUCCAUUCUUUACUCUGGAUGUUCAACAAAGCCACCCAUUCAAGUUGUGUCUGCAUGGUUGUGACAUCGAGUAUUGAGGUCCAUGUGGGUUGGGAGAGCAGGUUAAGUGAAGAGGGGGCAUUUUAGAACCUGUAUUAGAGCUUUUCCCUAGGGAAAGAAAAGUCAAAUAUGCUCUUUUGCCUGUGUAAGAGCUUGUGCAACUAUCUGGUCCGGUAGAAGCACUAGAACUAUGAAUUCUUCCUAUUCCAACAUUGCAUGAACUCUUCCACAAUUAUUUAUACUAUACUGUUAUCAUUCUCACUAUCCUGCUCAGAGUUCUUUGGAUUCAAUCUCAGAACAAGAGCGAGAUGACCAAGAAUUCAGUGCAAUGGAUGGGCAGCAGCUUACUGCACAGGUGCCUGUUUCCUGA